AGAGUCACCGAGUCAAACUCACUGAGAGCUAAAGAAACCCCCGGAUUGCCUAUGGGACACAGUUGCAUUCACGCUGGCUGAGAAAGACUGAGGAGCUUUACUGAUCCGCUGACCUGCAGGAUGUCUAAAGCCUCCAGGCUGGCCCGGCCCCCCUCCGCAGGGGCUGGAUCCAAGCUGCCCUCCCCGAGGAAGGAAUGCCCUGGCACGGCCGCCGUGGCCGGUCGAGCACGGGUGCUGAGCGUGGGGGAGAAGCUGAUGAGGGCAGGUAGUGAUGGUAUCCUGAACAGACAGAAGUCUUUACCGGCUGCUGUGCCGCAGGACAAAGCACAGAGCGAGACUCAGGCCCCGAGCCAGAGUCCAGGUGAGAAGGGCCAAAAUAUGGACAUGGUCCCUCCUAAGACCAAGAUCAGCACCCCUAAAGCCUCAACUCAGCAGCAAGGCUCUGUGCACAAACAAACCAAAAGCAACCUGAAGGUAACCUCUCCAGAGGACGCUGAGCACGUAAGCCGCAGGCAGGCCUCCCCAAAUGGGACGGCUUCUUCGAGAGGGGACUCCAAAGGCGGCCGCACUGUCCCUCGAAGGCACACGUUAGGAGGAGCCCGCAGCUCCCGUGAGAUCCUGGCUAUGCAGCCGUCAGAUAUGGACAAGAAGAGGGAGGCCUUCCUGGAGCACCUGAAGCAAAAAUACCCCCAUCAUGCCUCCGCUAUCAUGGGCCAUCAGGAAAGGCUGCGGGAGCAGAGCAGAAGCCCAAAGCACGGCCCCAGCCCCCAGCCCAGUGUCGGCGACCAGGUCGACCACCUAUCCCUGGCCUCCCUGGAAUCGCUGGACGCCAUGUCUGAGGCUGAUGCACCCACAACCUUCACCCGCGGCAGUCGGGUUCGUGCCAGCCUGCCUGUGGUGCGAUCAACCAACCAGACAAAGGACCGCUCACUAGGUGUACUGUACCUGCAGUACGGGGACGAGACCAAACAGAUCCGCAUGCCUAAUGAGAUCACCAGCAUCGACACAAUCAGAGCUCUGUUCGUUAGUGCCUUCCCGCAGCAGCUCACCAUGAAGAUGUUGGAGUCGCCCAGCGUUGCCGUCUACGUCAAAGACGACAUGAGGAACAUGUACUACGAGCUCGCUGACGUCAGGAACAUCACAGACCACUCCUGCCUGAAGGUGUACCACAAAGAUCCAGCACAGGCGUUCAGCCAUGGACCCCGACCUGCCAACGGCGAUGCCAGGAUGCACAACGAGAUGGCACACGCCAGCCGUGAUGGCCAGCACCCUCUUAGACAUCCCCCAAUGGGUCCCCCAGCACACCACCCCAUGCAGGGAGCACUACCCCCGACUCCCCACUCCAUGCCUCCCUCCCCCUCCAGAAUCCCAUUUGGCCCACGGCAGGGAUCUAUACCCGGGAACGCCACUAUCCCAAGAGACCGACUGUCAAACGCCAACCCUCCGGCCCGCUCCAUCUCGCCCUGUCCUAGCGCCAUCCUGGAGAGACGGGAUGUCAAGCCUGAUGAGGACAUGGGUGGGAAGAGCCACAGUCUAGCUCGGGGAAAUGAGGGGUUGUAUGCAGAUCCUUACUUGCUCCAAGAGGGACGAAUGACCAUGGCUGCAGGCCACGGACCACACCCCAAUCCUGGGCUUGACGGUUCAGAACACGGCAUGGGGGGAUUUCAUCGUGCCUCCAUUCGCUCCACGGGCUCCUACAGUGGGCCCAGCCCCACAGACACUAUGGAUCACCCUUCGCUGUACAGGCAGAAGUCCAGAAACAGCCAGCUGCCCACUCUGGGUUCCAAGACUCCUCCUCCAUCCCCUCACCGGAUGACUGAGGUACGGAUGAUUGACAUCCAUAGUGGGCCUCCUCAUGGCGUUCCUCCUCAUGGUGUUCCUCCUCAUGGCGUUCCUCCUCAUGGUGUUCCACCUCAUGGCGUUCCACCUCAUGGUGUUCCACCGCAUGGCGUUCCACCUCAUGGUGUUCCCAUGGAGAGGAGCUCGCCAGUGCGCCAGUCCUUCAGGAAGGAGGAAGUAACGGGGACUAAACCCCGUAACAACGUGGGAUCGCCUGUGGUUUCAGACCUCCAGGGUCACAUCCAGGGACCCAUCCCACCUGCCAAUGAACAUCAGACGCGAGAGCGAAUGAAGGCUAUGGAGCAACAGAUUGCCAGCUUGACUGGUCUUGUUCAGCAUGCACUUUUAAAGGGCCCAAACACUAGUGGCACCAAGGAGCCUCUAAGCGAGAGACCACCGAAGACCUCAUCUCCAGCCCACAGUGCACAUAGCUCAGGUGGUUCUCCAGUUUUAGCUCCCAAGAGUAAUGCAGCCCCAUCAGAGAAGAGCUCAGUUCCUCUCAAAGUCAACCUCCUGCAGUUCAGGAAGAACGUUUCUGACCUCAGGAUGCAACUCCAUCAGAUGAGACAGCUGCAGCUCCAGAACCAGGAGGCAUUACGGGUGCAGCUGAAGCGUGCAGAGCAGGAAAUCAGUAUUAAACUGGCAGAGGCCAUGCGGCGUCUGGAGGACCCUGUCCAGAGGCAGAGAGCUUUGGUGGAAGAAGACAGGCACAAGUACUUGGGUCUGGAGGAGCGUGUCCUCACACAGCUCAGUGACCUGGAGCAGUUUGUAGGUUCUCUGCAGAAGGACUCGGCAACAACACACAGAGUGGUGACUCUGAAAGACGUGGAAGAGGGAGCGGUAACUCUGAGGAAGGUGGGAGAGUCUCUGGCAGGGCUCAAAGGAGAGUUUCCGGCCCUGCAAACCAGAAUGCGGGCUGUACUCAGGGUGGAAGUGGAAGCUGUCAAGUUUUUGAAGGAGGAGCCUCAUAAACUGGACAGCAUGCUGAAAAGGGUCAAAAGCCUGACUGAUACACUCAGCGGUCUUAGAAGAAGUGCCACUGAGUUUUCUCAGAAGGGACCUGAUCCUUCCACUGCUGUCUCAGUGGAAAACAGCCCUGUAGCAGCAGCAGCAGCAGCAGAAGCCCCUGCAGAAUCAGCCCCACCCGAGCCCCAGAGCUCCACCAUCAGAUCUGAGGUGAUGCCUUCCUCCCCAGUGGUCAUCCAUCAUGUCCAGAGCUCCCCAGUCCACAUGCAGCAGUCCCAGCAGUCUGCGGCCUUGACAGCUCAGCCCAGUCCCCCGCUCACCCCCAGCCCCACUCACAUCUCCAGUCCCAACCUGAGCAAAAGUCAAGGCCGGGAAUCUCCCAAAGCGGCAGCCUCGGAUCCACCGAGUCCCGCCCGCCAUAAGAAGACUCACGGGAACCCGGUGAAUAAUGGAAACGGCACUGCCAACCAGGAUCUUGUCAUAGAGGAGCUCCAGAACAAUCAGGGCAAGAGCAAAAGCAGAGCUAUGUCCAUCGAGGCAGCAGAGAAGGAGUGGGAGGAGAGGAGGCAGAACAUGGGUCAUUAUGAUGGAAAGGAGUUUGAGAAGAUCCUCCAAGAGGCCCAGGCCAACAUGAUGAAGGGAAUUCCAAAUCUAGAGGUGGAUGAGAACUCAGCACUGCCCCCUGCUGCAACUGCAGAACAAGAAGUCAUCCACAACCCUGCCGAGUCACCAUCAGAAGAGCCCCAAUCAGAGCCUCAGUCAGACAAACCAGCCAAGAAGGGGCCUGAGAAACUCCCCAAGCCUCUGAUGGAGAAACCUGCCAAGCCAGCACUGGAGAGACCCUCCAAAACUGCCAUCAGGCCAGCAGCCCCUGACAGUCUGACCAGGCAGGGGUCCGACAAGGCGAGCAAGUCACCACCUCCACCUCCUCCACGGAAAACCUACCCCAGCUCUAGCUCAGGCAUGACCACCACACGCUCUGGUGAGGUGGUCUACACCAACAGGAAGGAGUCCGUCUCAGCUCAGGAGGGUGAAGAGGAGGCUCCACCUCCGUCUCCCCAACCGAAGCCCACCAAGGUUCCACCGGAGACCAAGCCGAAGCCAGCCACCCCUCCUCCUGUCACCGCCUCUGUCACCAGAGAAGAGGAGGAUGAAGGCGACAAGAUCAUGGCGGAGCUUCAGGUUUUCCAGAAGUGCACAGUUAAGGAUGUAGGGCUGAAAAAUUUGGUAGAGCCCACCCCUCGAAUUGAACCGCAAAUCAGAGAACUAAGACCGGGGGCUUUAUUACCCCUCAAAGAGAAAAAGCAGAGCUCAGAGCCCAGUCGAGAGGAUAAAGAUCCAGACACAGAUGAAAAUGGGAAUACGACUGUUCGACAGAGCCAAGGGGUAAUAUAUUAUGUGACUGGCCAGAUUCCCAAAGAUCAUCCACCCCCACCGGGAAUGGAAGACACCCCAGAACACAGAGAGCCCACACAGCCUCCAACACAGGUGUCAAAUGUCAAUGUUAAUGACAAUUCUUCAAGCCAGCAACAGCAGCAGCAGCAGAAGCCACCACCUCUGUCUCCACCACCCAAAUCACCUGUAACGCCUCCGCCUAUUUCACCCAAACCUGUGGGACUGAACGGAUUCAAACUGCCAAGGAAGCCCGUUAAACGCUCUGAAUCUUUGAAGACUAGUACAGAAAUGCAGAAGGGAAAAAUCCUCAACAAAGUGAACACAGAAAAGAAAAGUAAAGUCACCCAGGAGAAGGUUUCCUCUAGUAAGAAUAAAAUACCUGAGCCAGUGGUGACCACAACAACCAGCGCAGUAAAAGAGGCACCCAAACGUUCUGUUGCUCCACCCACAAAGACUUCUAGUGUGGAAAGUGACAGUGAUGAUGGGGCUAGUCUUUGUCCUGACCAACCUGAGGAAGAGGCACCUCCACCCCCAGACAACAUUGCAUUUAUGAUCACCAACACCAAAGUUCAGGCUUUGUCUUGUGGCGAGUACCAAGAACUGGUCAAUGCCAAGAAAGGAAGCGUCCAGACUGUUACCGUAGGCAACGCAGCAAACCGAGCGAACACCACAGCGGAUCCAUCCGUGCCGCAGGAUAAUGGCUUCAACAAGAAGCCUGUCAUCAUCAUCUUUGACGAACCGAUGGACAUCCGUUCAGCUUAUAAGCGCCUGUCCACCAUCUUUGAAUGUGAGGAGGAACUGGAUAGGAUGCUUGCACAAGAGCGCAUCGAAGAGGAGAGUGAGGAGUCGGAUACAGAGAAGAGUAGUGGGCUGCCAGCAAAAACUGGAGGAACCUCAGUGGUUGAUGGCAAAAAGGCAACCAAUUCACAGGGCACUGUCGAUCACGUCAGCUUAUCGUCCUCAUCUUCAUCCUCAAUAUCUGAACUAACAGACAGUGGAGUAAACUUAGAUUCAAAUGGAGAUACCAAGCAGGAUGGUAAGAAGAAGUUCAAGUUCAAAUUCCCUAAGAAACAGCUGGCAGCACUGACACAGGCAAUUCGCACGGGCACCAAGUCAGGCAAGAAGACUCUACAGGUGGUCGUGUAUGAAGAUGAGGAAGAAUCUGACGGGACUAUCAGGCAGCACAAAGAAGCAAAGAGAUUUGAGAUUGCACGCUCGAAAGCCUUAGCAGAAACCCCCAAGGGAACAGGCACCUCCGCACUGAAGAAGCAGAACUCCGACACCCACUGCAGGACAGAUGAGAUUCGGAAGAACACCUACAAGACACUGGACAGCCUGGAGCAGACCAUCAAGCAACUGGAGACCACUAUUAGUGAGAUGGGACCGCGCUCCCCCGAGGAGCCAGUCGGCCCUGAGGAGGCAGAAGCAGGGAAUGGGAAAAGCUCAGAAGGAGUGGGGCUGAAGAGGUCUUCCUCUCUCCCUACCUCCAGAGGGCAUGGCCCAAAGGUAGCCAGCAAAAAUUCAUUGCAGAAGAAGUCAAAACCUCAGCUGCUUCCUCGCCCUGUAGUCGUCCCUUCUACCACCAACACCACCACCACCACCACCGCCACCACUACUGUCCCCAGCACCGUACAACAGAAUACGAGUGUCGCUUCCCCUACUAGUCGGAUGCCCGUCCCUUUAUCCGCGAAGUCCAGGCAGUCACCGGGUACAACCGACAAAGCAGGAAAACAACAAAAACUGCAGGACGCUCAGAGGCAGUUCCGACAGGCUAACGGAAGUGCUAAAAGAGUGGGAGGGGAUCAUAAAACAACUUCCCCCACUAUACCCAUCUCUAAAAUCCCUGCUUUUUAUCCUAGCUCUACUAAAGGCAGCUCCCAGUCUGCACCAAACUCAGAUGCUACUAAUCCCAUUAACCCUUCUUCCUCCUCCUCCUCCUCCUCCUCCUCUUCCUCCUCUGUGACAAAGUCCUCCAUGCUGUCCUCUCGUUCCGGUUCCCUGCCCUCCUCCCACAUCCCCUCCCUGUCUAACGGAUCCCUCAAACUGCCCUCACAGCACACAGGUAAAGCUCUCUCGUUCUCCUCGCAGACCCCCAACGGUCGAGUGCACUCCUCCUCCUCCUCUUCAUUCUCCUCCUCCUCCUCCUCAUGCUCCUCCUCCUCCCCCUCCCCUCUGUCGCCCACACCUUUGGGCCCAGGUGGAAAGAGCAUCCGCACCAUACACACCCCCAGCUUCACCAGCUACAGGUCCCACAACGGCAGCAGCGGCAAAUCCUGCAUCCCAACAGCCACAGCAGCUAAGGACUCUACUUAGUACCAUUAUCGCCCCUCUGGCAUUACCACAUAGCAGGUAGACCUUGGUCAUGUUUUGUAUUAUAUUGUUUUUUUUGUUUGUUUUUUUUUUCUUCUCUUUUUGAACGUUUUUGUAAAAGUAUUAAGUGAUGCACUCCCUCGACUCAUCUUUUAUUUGACACUGGCAUUCACACACCGCUACUUCUGUCUCCUUUUGAGUUCAUUUUCAAAUUUUACAUCAUACUUACUUGGAUUUUGAUUCUCUCUUGAAGGUGUAACAGAAAAUAUUUUGUAAUGUAACUAAAAAAAAAAAAAACUAUUUAGUUUCGCCACUUUGUAGCUGAAGUGGAAGGCGUUCAUGUUGAAAAUAUAUUUUCUUGCUGUAGCUAUGAAUAGGGAAUUUAGAGUUGAUGUACAAUCACAAAAUACCAUGUACAAAUUGUGUUUUAUUUUUUGAAACGACAGAUUGAAUAACCAUAGUAUAUUUAAUCUUCUAUAUUUCUUAUGUUGCCAGACAUUCAACACAGCCCUUGUAAAUGCCUUUUAUGAACGUAUACGCGACGUAUACACACACAUUUAAACAUACGUAACUUUAGUUUUCUAAGAGUAUUUUCUCAUUCUCCACCCAUUGGAACUGCCAAUUUAUUUUACAGAUGUGCAACUGGUAUCAUGAGUAAUACAAGUUUUCAUUUUAUUGUGCCUAUUUGCCAAAGUUGUUGUAUAAUGACUCACUUCAGGCCUAACCCAGUCAUGAGCUUUAGGGGAAUUUACAUGCACUCUCUUGGUGUGAUGGCUGAAGUGUUGACCGCAGUGUUUGUACUGCUGGUCUCGGUUUGUUAAGUUAACAUGUAUUGUUGUCUAAAUGUAAUCUGUACUAAAACAAAGUGAUAAAUCUGUCUACCGUGUACAUAAAUGCUUCUACUAAGAAAAAUAAGUAGUUUUGUUAACAUACCAAAGUUUAUUUGUAUGCAUGCCUUUCAGAUACUUUAGGAGAGUGGUGUAAAAGAAGAAUCAUGUUUGCACAGAUAGAUUUUUGUAAAUAUUUGUUGUUUUUUUUCUCCUCUUCUCAUUUUUUUUGUAAAGCUUUAAAUCAUACUAUAAAGGAGCAAUGUGGUAAAGACAAAACUGUGUUGGAGUAGCAAAAAAAUAAAGACUUGCAUGCUUGUAGUGCAUUGACCUUCA